AUGCCGCUCGACACAUCAACCUACGGCCUCGCCCUCCUUCGCGUCGACGGACGGAGGUGGAACGAGCUCCGUCGCAUCCACGGCCAAAUCCGCACCCAAGCCGCAGCCGAUGGCUCCUCCUACCUCGAAAUGGGCCACACAAAAGUCAUGUGCGUCGUCACCGGCCCUAGCGAGCCCGGUCCGCGCCGUGGAGGAGCAGCAGGGGGAGCCAGCGGCGGCGCUGGAUCGGGCGGGCAGUCCAAAGACGCAGAGGUCGUGGUCAACAUCGUCAUUGCUGGGUUCAGUUCGGUAGAUAGGAAAAGAAGGGGGAGGGGUGACAAGCGCACCCUAGAAAUGCAAUUCACCCUCUCCAACACCCUCGCCGCGACCCUCCACACCCACCUCUUCCCCCACUCCCAAAUCAACAUCUCCCUCCACGUCCUCUCCCAGGACGGCUCCCUCCUCGCAGCCCUCAUCAACGCCGCCACGUUGGCGUGUGUGGACGCCGGUAUCCCCAUGACAGACUACGUGACCGCCUGCACGGCCGGUUCAACCUCAACCUACGCCGCCAACGACGAGGGCGCCGACCCGUUGCUCGAUCUUAACCACCAGGAAGAGCAAGAACUACCCGGGCUGACAGUAGCCACCCUUGGUGAAAGCGACAAGGUCGUGGCGUUGGUGUGCGAGAGCAGAGUGCAGAUCAGCCGGUUGGAGGGCAUGCUGGCUGUGGGAGUGGACGGGUGUAAGCAAGUGAGAGAGAUUCUGGAUCAGGUUAUCAAAGCGCAGGGGCGAAAGAUGAUCUUGGAGGGGACGGUAGACAAGGGGACAGGACUCAAUGAUAUGGAUUUGGAUUAA